AUGACAAACCCUCCAUUCUACCCUUCAGAGGCGUCGCUACUUGAAUCGGCUCGUCAGAAAUCGCGCCCACCCAACUCUUCCUGUACCGGCGCACCCGUGGAGAUGAUCACCCCGGGCGGCGAAGUAUCGUUCGUGUCACGUCUUAUCGACGAAUCUUCACGCCCUGAGACGAAACCACGAAUUCAAUGGUUCAGCUCUAUGCUCGGCAAGCUCUCCAGCGUCAGCGCCGUGGUGGACAAGCUCAAAGCUGACGGAUGCACCAACUUCGCAGUGGCCGAGUUCGUCCAGGGCCAGAAGGCCAAGACGCGCAGGUGGUGUGUCGCCUGGAGCUGGAUGGGAUACAGACCCGGCGUGCGUGUGGCGAGGGGAGUAUCUACCAGUAGUGGCGUAGAGAAGCGAUUGUUGCCUGCGCCGUCAGAGUAUGAUUUCGAGGUCGAGACUGGAGCUGACACAGAAACUAAGAAUGUCGUCGGUCGAAUCGAGAACAAGUUAAACCAGGAAAUGACCAGGCUAGAUGUCCUUUGGAAAUACCUUCCCCAGAGACAUAUCGGAAUGGUCGUCAGCCGGCAUGGUGAUGUCUGGAGUCGCAAGGCCAGACGGAAGAAACUGCAUCAGGAAGGGCAGCAGAACACAUCAAAACAGACUCACACUCGGGAAUCAGGAAACAAACGUACAGGAGGAGUGAAGGACUUUGCGAAAAAUCGACUCGAGGACCAUGACGAAGAAGUGCACGACAGUGUUUCCCAGCGCCCCUCUGGCGGAGUUGAUGGUGCCUCAGAAGACGAAGACGAAGACAAGGAUGACCAGGAAGAAGAGCCAGCCCUCGUCGCGCGCAUCAGCCUCGUAGCUGUCACGGUGACGUCUACACCAGGAACCCAACCACAGGUCCAAUCGCCACCGGCUGUCUCGAACAAGCUGACAACGAACAUACAUAUCCGCCAUCUCCAAGGCGGUGACUCUGUCUUGUUCGAAAGUUUCUGCGGAUGGGUGAAGAGAAAGAUGACUACAACAACAUGA